GUUAUUAGAUGAAACACCCAACUCUACAAAAACAUUAGACAAACAUCCUUUUGUGAAAUACUGACCAUAGUACCCUUACGGAGAAAAUAACGCCGUUUAUUUUUAAUUUUGGAAAAAAAAAACUAAUCCCACCAAUCCCGCCACUAGUAUUCUGUGAGAUUAUAUUUUCCAAAAUCCCAAUUAACCGUAACAAAACCAACCCACUAUCCCCCCAAAUCGCCCCAUCGUCUACAUAUUAGGGUUUUUUUUCCCUUUCCUGUUAAUCUGCAAAUCGUGCACGAGUACCACCAGUGCUUCCAACAGAGUAGGCGCAAGUCAGGUCUACCAAUGUCUACCUCAAGAAAUCGAUCAAGGGAGAUGCGUACGAAGCGGAAAAAAGACAUAACUGCCCUAGACCCUGACGGUUGUUAUAACACCGCAACAAUUGAAAAUGUAACCGGAUUAGAUGGAACUAGCUUUGUGUUCCCAAGCAUGCUACUGGUAAGAAUUAGUUUAACAAUAGAAAACUUCCCGUUUAUGUUGUUUAAUAGUCUUUGAUGCACAAUAAAUGUUAUGUACAUUCAGUCAGAUGUGAGGAAGGGUAAUGCUGAAAAUGUGUUGACGAAAGAAAUUGUUGCUCAGCACCGUUAUCUCAUAUUCCCGCUUCACUCAGAGACAAACCCUAGUGCAAGGUACAACCACUGGACUCUCCUUGUCGUAGACAUGAAAAGCAAUGAAUGGAAGUACUACAAUUCAUCAACUCCGCGAACAGCUGCAACAUCCGACGUCUACAUCAAUGACGCCAACGACAUGAAAACAUAUGUCGAAGAAACUGCUCUAGUCAUGGGAUUAUCACGCAUUCCAAUUGGCCAACCAUUAAAAGUUGAACUCAGUCCCCAACAGAAAGCUGGUUCCACCGAUUGUGGUGUGAUCGUUCUAUACAUAAUUAGAGAAUAUUUUCUUCAAAUGCCAUUAGAGGUCAAAGAAGCAGAGGAGGGUGUCGCAGAAAUGAGAAAGGACAUUGUAGUGCAUCUUCUGAAUUACAAAAUCAAGUAGCCAUAAAUAGUCUCUUUUUAUAUGUCUACUGUACAAAACGAAACUUAUGUAGUAUUUAUGUUUUUCUGCCCUAGCUUUAACUGUGUUGAAGUACUCAAAACAAUCUGUUGUUCACAGACACAGUAUGUUAUCUAUAUAUGCCUUUUUGAAA